AUGUCGAGGGGUUUGCGACAUAUGAUUGGCAUUCUGGUUUGGAGCUUCGAAUGCGGUGUCGACAUCGAGCUCGGUCAUCUGCUCAAUCUGUUGGAAAUCCAGAGAGCCCCGGGAGGAGGCAGAUUUUAUAUUUUCAAUAAGUCCAAUCGCCGGAUCAUAGGCGGUUUCCCGAGCAAAGAUCAGUUUUGGACUGAACGUUUCCUUUAUGUUUCGGUGAACGAGGCGUCGGUGGGCGAGGAUUUUGUAAAUAAGACGAAGACCGUUUGGGGACCACUUGUUCGGAGUUUUCUUCCUUCUGUUCCCGACAACUUUUUCUCUGUUCGAGAUACUCUUGCGGCUCGGAAGGUUAUCUGGAGAAAGCAUUUUUCUUUCGAAAGAUUAGAGAGAGCCCGAGCUAUCUUUGCCGGGGUAUCCAUCAGUUCCUCUUCAUCAAAUUCAUCAGGAGAUACACGAGAGAAAAUGGUGAUCUUUACGCUCAGGGAUAAGAAGCAACGCGGAGCCGAGGAGAUUUCCAGGAGAGCCGAACGAGCAGCUCUUGCGGAGACCGAGGUGGUACCUCAGGAUGAUCUAUUGAGGCAUAAGGGGGACAAAGUCGCCCGAGCUGCUGAUGAGAUUACUCCCGAGGCGACGGCGCAGGAGGCGGCGCCCGAGGUGGAGCCGGGCGAGAUCGUUCCCGACGCGUCUGGAGAAAAUUCUGCGGCUCGGGACCAAACGGCACCUACCUCGACGAUUCUGGCUCUUCCGAAACAAUCGAGGCCUCCGGCUUCAGAUCUGCUGAAGCAUGAUUCCAGCAGGAAGAGACCGGCUGCGGAAAAGGGCAAGGGCGCGGCCAUCCAAAAGGACGAGCCAUCCAAAAAGAAACGUAAAUCGGCGCCCGGCGAGCCCGCAUCUCGUAAGCUGGUAGUUGAUGACCCGGCUGCGUCCGCGGUAAUGUUUGCCCGCGUCAACAACGCCAACACCCGUCUUCUGCCCCCCGAGCAGUUGAGGCGGUCGAAAUUCUAUGCUGCCAUGGCGCAGCGCGGUACCAAGUUUGUCGCGGCUAUCAACGAGAUGAUGGCUGGCUAUGAAUCGGACUUGGUUAAGGACGAGCGCCGCUUAGAGGAGGCUCAGAAGGAGGCUGCGACGGCUAAGGGAAAGUUGGACGAGGCGAGGACUAAGAUUAAGAAGCUUGAAGAAGAGAAAAUAAUUCUCCGUGCCAACGUUGACAAGGUGUCAUCCGUGGUGACUCGUCUUGAAGAAUCCAGGAGAGCCAAAGGCGCCGAGGCCGAGAAGGAGGUGAGGCGCGAGUUGACGGCUAAGUUUCAGGAGCGUCUUGCCAAAGUGGAGGAAGGUCUGGCCAAGCUGGAGAAGGCCAAGAGCGACGAAAACGAGCUUGGACAGAUCGAAGGGAACCUUGCUAUGAUCGAGGAGCUUCGGAAGCCCGACAGAUCUUUGGACUCUGAAGAGGAAAAGCUGAAGGCUUGGGAGGCUGAGUAUGUCGACGACGACGCCUAUGACCGCAUUGCGUCUGAGAUCCAAGGUGCCCUGGUGUUCUCGCCCGUGUCGCCAGAUUCCAUCGAUACCCUUUUAGGUAACGAGCCGAUCGAGGAGACGGCGGCUAACCUCGAUGUCCAGGAUCUGAACGGGUCUAACGCGGGUACUCCUGUUCCCUCGAGCCUCCUUGCUGAGCGAGAGACGCGUUCUGCCGCUUGA